AUUCGUUGGCAUUUAAAUGCAUUGUUAAUGGUAUAAAACACAAACAAACAACUUGUGAACCAUACAUCAUCAUGGAGGUUUCCCGGCUGGAAAACAGUUCCCUUCGAGAGGAAUAUGUUUUAAAGUUGUGGGACAGCUAUAUCCUGGAUAACUUAGUAGAGGCGGCUCCCUGCAGAAUUGGAAUUUAUGACCUCAGAACUAAACGUCGAAUCACCAGCAGUGAAGGAUUCUGGGUAUCUCCAAAGGAACUAGAAGUCGUUAUCGAAGGCGUGACUUAUCCAGACCUCGUACAAAGGAACGGACUUGUCGUCAACGGAAAGACUUAUGACGUACGAUUGGCCGACGGCAAGAACGGAAUUUUUGCUCGAAAAGAAUUUGACGGAUGCACAGUGUGUAAAACCUUCACCUUACUCAUUAUCGCUAUCACGGACGAGCGUUAUGAGGCCAAAGUUUGCAACGAACAGAUAAUGCAACUUGGCGAUUUUCUAAGGAGAGGUGGAUUAUAGUGGAUUUUUGACGAUAGAAACUAUCGACGAAAUACUCAGAUAACCUUGCUUCAAGUACUUAUAGUCUGGUGUGUGUAAUACAUGUAGGUGCUUUCACACCGCUUGAGUGUACACAUUCACGUGAAAGAGUAUGAGUUUUCAUGGUACCGUUCUUUAUGAAUUACAUGCAUGUUAUUGUUACAGUGAAACUGCUGAUACUAUUAAACUCUACAGAAUUAUA